CGCUGGUUCACUUCGUUCAUUCGUUCGCAACGCGAUGUUUUGAAUACAUACAUUUUUUCCAUUCUCGCCAAGUGAAGUUCAUCCGCCAGACCGAAGAUUUUUAGUCAAACGUGCUAAAUCUAUGAAAUUAACUGUGUUUUAUGAAUCAAUUAGGGCGAGUGGAGCUGCAAAAUUAUCGAGUAGUGAUUCUCUUCUGAAGGCAACACAUUCGGUUUGGACUUGAAGGAUAAACUUAGAGGAACGACGAACGAAGGAGUGGCGAGCUCCCGUGAAACGAAACGACACACUAGAUACCCUAGAAAAUAGAAACUAAACAAAGAAAAUAAAACAAACUGCAAACUAAUUAAGCACGAAAGCACUGUGGAAACCGUAGAUCCCCAGCCAUGACGACGGACAUUUCGAUUGUUCGCUGGGAUCCCAGCCAGGGUCCUGGCAACGAGUACAUCGAUGAGUACGAAUACGAUGGCGGAAACUCCAGUUCCCGGCUGUUCGAGCGAUCCAGGAUCAAGGCUCUGGCCGAGGAGCGUGAGAGUGUGCAAAAGAAGACCUUCACCAAAUGGGUAAAUUCGCAUCUGUGCCGGGUUAACUGCCGCAUUGCCGAUCUGUAUGUUGAUAUGCGGGAUGGCAAGCAUCUAAUUAAGCUGCUGGAGGUUCUUUCCGGCGAACGUCUGCCCAAGCCCACCAAGGGCAAGAUGCGUAUCCACUGCCUGGAGAAUGUUGACAAGGCGCUGCAAUUCCUGCGAGAACAGCGCGUCCAUUUGGAAAAUAUUGGCUCCCAUGAUAUAGUCGAUGGCAAUGCUUCCCUCAAUUUGGGCCUGAUUUGGACCAUCAUCCUGCGCUUCCAGAUCCAGGACAUCACCAUCGAAGAGGUGGACAACAAGGAGACCAAGUCGGCCAAGGACGCCCUGCUGCUCUGGUGCCAGAUGAAGACAGCUGGCUAUCACAAUGUGAACGUGCGCAACUUCACCACCUCGUGGCGCGAUGGCCUGGCCUUCAAUGCCAUCAUCCACAAACACCGUCCGGAUUUGGUUCAGUUCGAGAAGCUCUCGAAGACGAACGCCAUCCACAAUCUGAACAAUGCCUUUGACGUGGCCGAGGACAAACUGGGCCUGGCCAAGCUUCUCGAUGCCGAGGAUGUGUUCGUCGAGCAUCCUGAUGAGAAAUCCAUCAUCACGUACGUGGUCACCUACUAUCACUACUUCAGCAAACUCAAGCAGGAGACGGUGCAGGGUAAGCGUAUCGGCAAGGUGGUUGGCAUUGCCAUGGAAAAUGACAAGAUGGUCCACGAUUAUGAGCACUUCACCAGCGAUCUGCUUAAGUGGAUCGAAACGACCAUCCAGUCGCUGGGCGAACGUGAGUUUGAGAACUCGCUGGCCGGUGUCCAAGGACAGUUGGCCCAGUUCUCCAACUAUCGCACCAUCGAGAAGCCACCCAAGUUCGUGGAGAAGGGCAACUUGGAGGUGCUCCUGUUCACCCUGCAGUCCAAGAUGCGGGCCAACAACCAGAAACCAUACACCCCCAAGGAGGGCAAGAUGAUUUCGGACAUCAACAAGGCCUGGGAGCGAUUGGAGAAGGCUGAGCACGAACGUGAGUUGGCCCUUCGCGAGGAACUCAUCCGACAGGAGAAACUUGAGCAGCUGGCUGCCCGCUUUGACCGCAAGGCGUCUAUGCGUGAGACCUGGCUGUCGGAGAAUCAGCGAUUGGUCAGCCAGGAUAACUUCGGUUUCGAUUUGGCAGCCGUCGAGGCGGCGGCCAAGAAGCACGAGGCCAUCGAGACAGAUAUCUUUGCCUACGAAGAGCGUGUCCAGGCGGUGGUUGCCGUUUGCGAUGAACUGGAAUCGGAGCGUUAUCACGACGUGAAGCGCAUCCUGCUGCGCAAGGACAACGUGAUGCGUUUGUGGACCUAUCUGCUGGAGCUCCUGAGAGCGCGUCGCAUGCGCCUGGAGAUUUCGCUGCAGCUGCAGCAAAACUUCCAGGAGAUGCUCUACAUUCUGGACAACAUGGAGGAGAUCAAGCAGCUGCUGAUGACCGACGACUAUGGCAAGCAUCUGAUGGGCGUGGAGGAUCUGCUGCAGAAGCACUCUCUGGUCGAGGCCGAUAUCAACAUCCUGGGCGAGCGCGUCAAGGUGGUGGUUCAGAACUCACAGAAAUUCCUCAGCGACGACCCAGAGUCGUACAAGCCUUGCGAUCCCGAGAUCAUUGUGUCUCGCGUCCAGCAGCUGGAGGAUGCCUACGCAGAGUUGGUCCGUUUGGCCGUGGAACGUCGCAGCCGCCUGGAGGAAAGCCGCAAACUGUGGCAGUUCUACUGGGACACCGCCGACGAGGAGAACUGGAUCAAGGAGAAGGAGCAGAUUGUGUCCACCGACGAGGUGGGUCAUGACCUGACCACCGUCAAUCUGAUGCUCAGCAAGCACAAGGCCCUAGAGUCAGAGAUCACAUCGCACGAUCCCCAGCUGCAGAAUGUGGCCAAGGUUGGAUCGGAGCUGAUCACAGAGGGUCACUUUGGUGCGGAUCGCAUCAAGGACCGAUUGAGGGAGAUCCUUUCCAAGUGGGACCAUCUGCUGGAUCUCACCAAGUACCGUCGCCAGCGUUUGGAGAACGCCGUCGAGUACUUCCAACUGUUUGCCGAUGCCGAUGAUGUGGACAACUGGAUGUUGGACACUCUUCGCAUCGUUUCCAGCGAGGAUGUUGGUCGCGACGAAGCCAAUGUUCAGUCCCUCCUCAAGAAGCACAAGGACGUGGCCGAUGAGCUGAAGAACUACGCCGAAGUGAUCGACGCCCUGCACAAGCAAGCGGAAAGCCUGAAGCUUAACGAAGCGGAGAAGGCUAAUGUAGACAAGCGCUUGGAGGCGAUCGACAACCGGUACAAGGAGCUCACCGAGCUGGCCAAGCUGCGCAAGCAGCGACUGCUGGAUGCCCUCAGCUUGUACAAGCUCAUGUCGGAAGCCGAUGGUGUGGAGCAAUGGAUCAAGGAGAAGACCAAGAUGUUGGACACCAUGACACCUGGCAAGGAUAUCGAAGAUGUGGAGAUCAUGAAGCAUCGUUUCGAGGGCUUCGACAAGGAGAUGAACGCCAACGCCUCGCGCGUGGCCGUCGUUAACCAGCUGGCCCGCCAGCUUCUCCAUGUGGAGCAUCCCAAUUCCGAUGAGAUUCUGGAGAGGCAGAACCACCUCAACCAGGAGUGGUCGACACUGCGCGAGAAGGCCGAGGCCAAGAUGGAUGACCUGAAGUCUGCCCAUGGCGUCCAAACCUUCUACAUCGAGUGCCGCGAGACCAUCUCGUGGAUUGAGGACAAGAAGCGUAUCCUCACUGAAACCGAUAGCCUGGAGAUGGAUCUUACCGGUGUAAUGACCCUGCAGCGUCGUCUUAGCGGCAUGGAUCGCGAUUUGGCCGCUAUUCAGGCCAAACUCUCGAGCUUGGAGCGCGAGGCCAACAGCAUCGAGGAUGAGCAUCCAGAGGAGGCUAAGAUCAUUCGCGAGCGCAUUGCUCAGAUCGAGUUGAUUUGGGAGCAGCUCACUCAGAUGCUGAAGGAACGCGACUCGAAGCUGGAGGAGGCCGGCGAUCUGCAUCGCUUCCUUCGAGAUCUCGAUCACUUCCAGACUUGGUUGACCAAGACCCAGACGGACGUUGCUUCCGAGGACACGCCCACAUCCCUGCCGGAGGCUGAGAAGCUGUUGAACCAGCAUCAAUCGAUCCGCGAGGAGAUUGACAACUACACCGAGGACUACAAGAACAUGAUGGAGUAUGGCGAGCGCUUGACAUCCGAGGGCAGCACCUCGGACGAUCCGCAGUACAUGUUCUUGAGGGAGCGCCUGAAUGCCCUGAAGGAUGGCUGGGAGGAGCUGCACCAGAUGUGGGAGAACCGACAGGUUCUGUUGUCGCAGAGCUUGGACCAGCAGCUGUUCAACCGCGAUGCCCGCCAGACGGAGGUGCUGCUCAGCCAGCAGGAACACUUCCUCAGCAAGGACGACACUCCAGUCAACCUAGAGCAGGCCGAGAACCAGCUGAAGCGCCACGAGGCUUUCCUUACCACAAUGGAGGCCAACGAUGACAAGAUCAACACACUGCUGCAGGUAGCCGACACCCUGGUGGAGAAGGAUCACUUCGAUGCGGAUAAGAUUGGCAAGCGUGCCGAGAAUAUCACCGGACGUCGGGAUGAUAAUCGUCAGCGUGCCCUGGAUCAGCACGAGAAGCUCAAGAACCAGGUGAAACUGCACGAAUUCCUGCAGGAUCUUGAGGAGCUGGCCGAGUGGGUGCAGGAGAAGUACGCCACAUCCCAGGACGAGUCAUACAGGAGCGCCAAGACCAUCCACUCCAAGUGGACUCGCCAUCAGGCCUUCGAAGCGGAGAUUGCCGCUAACAAGGAGCGCCUAUUUGAGGCCGAGAAGUCAGCCCAGGAGUUGUCCAAGGAGAAGCCCGAGUUCAAGGACGUGAUCGAGCCCAAGCUUAAGGAGCUGGCCAAGCAGUUCGACGACCUGGAGGUGCACACCAAGGAGAAGGGUGCCAUGCUGUUCGACGCGAACCGUGAGGUACUUGUCCAGCAGACUUGCGACGACAUCGACUCCUACAUCACCGACCUGGAGAAACAGAUUGUCAGCGGUGACACUGCCAAUGAUCUGACAUCCGUCAACAUCCUGAUGCAGAAGCAACAGGUCAUCCAGACCCAAAUGGCAGUGAAGGCACGUCAAGUGGAGGAGAUCGACAAGCAGACCGAAUACCUUCAAAAGACCGUGCCCGAGGAGAAGAUCGAACCGAUUGUGGUGAAGAAGACCGCCGUGCUCGAGCGAUUCGAGAAGAUCAAGGCGCCACUUCUGGAGCGCCAGAAGGCGCUGGAGAAGAAGAAGGAGGCCUUCCAGUUCUGUCGCGAUGUCGAAGACGAGAAGCUUUGGAUCGACGAAAAGCUGCCAGUGGCCAACUCACCCGACUACGGCAACUCCCUGUUCAAUGUUCAUGUACUCAAGAAGAAGAACCAGUCGCUGGCCACAGAAAUCGACAACCACGAGCCGCGCAUCAACGCAAUCUGCAACAAUGGCCGCAAGCUGAUCGACGAGGGACACGAGGAUGCCAAGAAGUUCGAGGCAUUGAUCAGCGAUCUGACUCAGAAGUGGCAGGAACUCAAGGACGCCAUCGAGAACCGCAGAAAGCAUCUGCUGGAAUCGGAGAAGGUGCAACAAUACUUCUUCGAUGCCCAGGAGGCGGAGUCCUGGAUGAGCGAGCAGGAGCUCUACAUGAUGGUCGAGGAUCGCGGCAAGGACGAGAUCAGCGCCCAGAAUCUGAUGAAGAAGCACGAGAACUUGGAGCAGUCGGUGGAGGACUAUGCCAACACCAUUCGCCAGUUGGGCGAGGUGGCGCGUCAGUUCAGCGGGGAUGAUAUCUCCUCGGGCGAUGCCGUGGCCGUCAAGCAAUCACAGUUGGAUAAGCUUUAUGCUGGUCUCAAGGAUCUGGCUGGCGAGAGGAGGGCCCGUCUCAACGAGGCUCUGCAAUUGUUCAUGCUGAGCCGCGAGGUUGACGAUCUGGAGCAAUGGAUAACCGAUCGUGAAGUGGUGGCCGGUUCCCAGGAACUGGGUCAGGACUUUGACCACGUCACCCUGCUGUCGGAGCGCUUCAAUGAGUUUGCCCGGGACACAGAGGCCGUUGGCGGCGAGAGAGUGGCCAAGGUGAACGGCAUUGCCGACAAUCUUAUUCAGGCUGGUCAUUCCGAUUCCGCAACGAUCGCCGAAUGGAAGGACAACCUGAACGAAUCGUGGCAGGAUCUGUUGGAGUUGAUUGAGACCCGUACUCAGAUGCUGGCCGCUUCCCGGGAAUUGCACAAAUUCUUCCAUGACUGCAAGGAUGUGUUGGGUCGCAUCCUCGAGAAGCAGCACGGUGUGUCCGAUGAGCUGGGUCGCGAUGCCGGCUCCGUGUCGACGCUGCUUCGUAAACACUACAACUUCCUGCAGGACCUCACCACCCUAUACUCACAAGUCCAACAAAUCCAAGAGGAGUCGGCCAAACUGCAGGACGCCUAUGCCGGCGACAAGGCCAAGGAGAUCACCAAUCGGGAACAGGAGGUACUACAUGCCUGGGACAAUCUGCAGGCGAUGUGCGAUGCCCGCAAGCAGAAACUGGCCGAUACUGGCGAUCUGUUCCGUUUCUUCAACAUGGUACGAAUUCUGACUAUCUGGAUGGAGGACCUCGUUCGGCAAAUGAACACCUCCGAGAAGCCACGCGACGUGUCCGGUGUGGAGCUGCUGAUGAACAACCACCAGAGCCUUAAGGCCGAGAUUGACACGCGGGAGGACAACUUCGGUGCGUGCAUCUCACUGGGCAAGGAGCUGCUUACCCGCAAUCACUAUGCCUCCGCUGAGAUCAAGGAUCGCCUGAUGUCGCUAAGCAACAACCGCAAUGCCCUGCUCCGUCGCUGGGAGGAACGCUGGGAGAAUCUCCAACUGAUCCUGGAGGUUUACCAGUUCGCCAGAGACGCUGCCGUGGCCGAAGCCUGGCUUAUUGCCCAGGAGCCUUACCUGCUAUCCUCCGAGCUGGGACACACAAUCGACGAGGUGGAGAACCUGAUUAAGAAGCACGAGGCCUUUGAAAAAUCUGCUGCCGCCCAAGAGGAGCGCUUCAGUGCUCUUGAGCGUUUGACAACAUUUGAGCUUAAGGAAAUGAAGAGGCGCCAGGAGCUGGCGGAGGAGGCUGAGCGACAACGCAUCAAGGAGGAGCAGGAGGCCAAGGCCGCCUCAGAGGCGGCGGAACAGGCCAAACGGGACGCUGAGCGACGCGACGAUGUAGACGUUGGAGCCUCGCACGAUGAUUCAGCCGCCAAAGACACGGCCGUCGAGUUCGAGCGCGUUGUCGAGAUCCAAACAGAACGAGGCGCAACACCAGCCGCUGGCGAGGGUCACGAGGGCUAUGUGACACGAAAGCACGAAUGGGAUUCGACUACCAAGAAGGCCUCCAACCGAUCUUGGGAUAAGGUAUACAUGGCUGCCAGGGCCGGACGCAUUUCGUUCUACAAAGAUCAGAAGGGUUACAAGAGUAAUCCCGAAUUGACCUUCCGCGGCGAGCCCAGCUAUGAUCUGCAAAACGCUGCCAUUGAAAUUGCCAGUGAUUACACAAAGAAGAAGCACGUUCUGCGAGUCAAGCUCGCCAACGGCGCCUUGUUCUUGCUGCAGGCCCAUGACGACACCGAGAUGUCCCAAUGGGUGACCUCCCUGAAAGCCCAGAGCGAUUCGACAGCGGUGGCCGCCAGCAGAUCCCAGACUCUGCCCGCCACCUCACAAAAGGACGAACCAAAGCGCAGAUCGUUUUUUACUUUAAAGAAAAAGUAAACUAACACCCGUAACGCAUCCGUAAGCAAGAGCAGCUAAUUAAAACAAAAACAAAAAACAAAAAACAAAAAACAAAUAAAAACAUAAAAGAUUAUGAGAAAUGAUAAUACAAAACGACAAAAAUUAUACAGCAAAAAUUAAGAAGAGGCAAAUAUAUAUUUUUUUUUCAUAUAUUUAAACUUAUUUCGUAAUGAUAAAAAAAAAAAAACAAAAACCGACAAAAACUUGCAAGAGAAAAACGAGCAAAACGUAAACAAUUAUUAUGCUUAUCAAAUUUGCACGAUAAAUACUGCUAUUAUGAUUAAACGUAUGUAUCUUAUUUAUUUAAACAAAUACAAAGUAAUAUAAAGAUAAAAAAAAUACAAAAAAACAAACAAAAAAUUUGAGGAAACCAACUCGUGUAUGCAUUUCAAUGUAUUCGAUAAAUAAACGAAAUAUUCCUUUAAAGUA